AUGGCUACGAUGAAUGCCUUCGCAGGAGACGCCUCAUCACAAAAUAUCUCACAAUCGGCUGGAAACGGUUCGUUUGCAUUAGGACCAUGUUCCAUUUUAAUCCGACGUUUACCAUUAAAUACCACUGAAGAUGCACUACGAUCAAUGGUAGUUUGGUCCAAGGAAUUUACUGAAGCCGAAGUAUUGUCUCAAGAGAAGUCCGAAGAUGCGGGAUUCCGAUCUGCUAUUCUUCACUUCAAGUCCCAUGCGGGCGCACUCGAGGCCAAAAACAUGCUUGAUGGAAAAACAAAUAUCGCAAACGAUGCGAAUAUGGUGGUGGAAAUAUUUUAUGGAAGUCCCACUGCCUCUCGCCGAUAUACUGUCGAUACGAACGCGCACCCCGGGCCAUCUAGCUCCACUUCCUCCACGGCUUCUUCAGCGGGUCCGACCCCUCGACAAUCGUCAAGAUUUAAUGGUUCCUUCACAUCUACACAAAGAGUUUCACCUAACCACAAUGGAAACUAUGCAAGUAAUGAAUUGCCAAACCCCGAGUCGAGUGUUCACUAUCAAAGCUUGUUCUCUCCGCAAUCACCCAUUGGAAAUCAUCUUAAUGAUCGUACGCGCAUUACGGGGAAGUCGUUGAUUAAUAAUGAUUCUGUCGAUGAUGAUGAGACAGGAGAACUUCUCAAGGACCCAGUGGCUUAUGCUGAAAAUGGUGCCGCUUCCAUCCAAGCUCGACGCCCGACCAAUCCUCAUAUUCCCAUCACCGCACGUAUGGCAGGCUUAUCUCUUACGACCAACAAUGCUGCAGGUCCAGCUCAUAUGUCUUCUUACAACCCACAACAGGCCAUGCCAUCCAUGACACAUGCAAACACCAUGUCACCAAUAUCCCUGGGAAAUGGCGGUCCUCCUGUAAAUUACCAGCUUGGAAGUCAGCACUAUCAACGCCACAAUUUCCCACCUGUCAAUCCUGCUGACCAAAACCCUCCAUGCAAUACUCUGUACGUUGGUAAUCUUCCAAUCGAUACGUCUGAGGAUGAACUUAAAGCUAUGUUCUCGAAGCAACGUGGCUAUAAGCGCCUUUGUUUCAGGACUAAGCAAAAUGGUCCAAUGUGUUUCGUGGAAUUCGAGGACGUUUCUUUUGCGACAAAAGCUCUUCAUGAAUUAUACGGCCAUCCUCUGCAUAACAGUAUCAAGGGUGGGAUUCGCUUGAGCUUCUCAAAGAAUCCUCUUGGCGUUCGCUCCGGUCAAGGGAUGAUAUCGCCAGGUCUUGCAAAUGUAACAGGUGGCAUGCAGGGUAUGAAUGGCGCUAUGAUGGGCGGCGCGGGAGGAGCUUUCAGCGCUGCAAAUGGUCCUCCUCCAGGUCUUUCUGCACCACCCGGUUUGGGACCAGGCAGAAUGGGCUAUGCCGGUGUGAUGACUUCUGGCGCUAUGGGUGGUACUCAGUAUGCUGCCGGUACUGCAUUUGGAGGAUCUAACAACUGGACUGGCCAAGGUUUUACGUCAGCCAUGGCUGCCGGUGGCCCAAUACCAAUGAUGAACGGUUCUAAUGGUGGAUUUCCUCCAGCAUAUAUGAUGGGACGAUAG